UACGAUAUCCCAAAUAAUCCCACCAAACCAGUAGGACAUCUCAUACGAAGGACCAGGCGCUAGACGAGCUGUAGGCUAUGUGAGUAAAAGGCCCCGUGCUGAUUUUGUUGAGGCUUUUCUGAUGGACGACGAAAUGGACGAACGACCAUCAAAUUCCUCAACGCCGCGGGAACUUACUCAAAACCCUCUAAAGAAAAUAUGGAUGCCAAACAAGAAUGGCCUUCCUGAGAAACACAUUUCUCAAAGAAAAGUAUGUAUGACCAACUGCCCCACCCUCAUUGUGACGGUGGGUCUCCCAGCCAGAGGGAAGACCUACAUCUCGAAGAAGCUGACUCGCUACCUCAACUGGAUAGGUGUACCCACAAGAGAGUUUAAUGUUGGCCAGUACCGGCGUGAGUGUGUGAAGAUCUACAAGUCCUUUGAGUUUUUCCUACCAGACAAUGAGGAGGGACUGAAGAUACGGCAGCAGUGUGCCACAGCUGCUCUGAAUGAUGUCAGACAGUACCUUACUGAUGAAGGAGGCCAAGUUGCGGUGUUUGAUGCCACUAACACCACCAGGGAGAGAAGAGAGACCAUCAACCAAUUUGCUGAGCAGAAUGGUUUCAAGGUGUUCUUUGUGGAGUCGGUUUGCGAAGACCCAGAUGUCAUUCAAGAGAACAUUGUGCAAGUGAAACUGGGCAGUCCUGACUACACCAACCGUGACACAGAGGAAGCUGUGCAGGACUUCAUGAAGAGAAUCAAGUGUUAUGAGAGCACCUAUGAACCUCUUGAUGAGGUCCAGGACAGGGAUCUGUCCUACAUUAAGAUUAUUGACGUGGGCCAACGGUACCUGGUGAACCGUGUCCAGGACCACAUCCAGAGCCGCAUUGUCUACUACCUGAUGAACAUCCACAUCACCCCACGCUCCAUCUACCUCUGCCGCCAUGGAGAGAGUGAACUCAACAUCAAGGGCCGCAUUGGAGGAGAUUCUGGGCUCUCUAACAGGGGCAAAGAGUUUGCCAAGUACCUAGACCACUUCAUCCAGUCUCAGGAGAUCAGUGAUCUGAAGGUGUGGACCAGUCAGAUGAAGAGGACCAUCCAGACUGCAGAGGCUCUCAAUGUGCCCUAUGAGCAAUGGAAGGCUAUUAACGAGAUAGACGCGGGUGUGUGUGAGGAGAUGAUGUAUGAGGAAAUCCAGGAACACUACCCUCUGGAGUUUGCUAUGAGGGACCAGGACAAAUACCGUUACCGUUAUCCGAAGGGAGAGUCCUAUGAGGACCUGGUGCAGCGGUUAGAGCCAGUCAUCAUGGAGCUGGAGAGGCAGGAGAACGUGCUCGUCAUCUGUCACCAGGCCAUCAUGCGCUGCCUGCUGGCCUACUUCCUGGAUAAAACAGCAGAGGAGCUGCCCUACCUGAAGUGCCCACUGCAUACUGUGCUGAAGCUCACACCAGUGGCUUACGGCUGUAAGGUGGAAUCCAUCUACCUGCAUGUGGAAGCUGUGAACACUCACAGAGAUCGACCAGAGAACGUAGAGGUGUCGCGGAUGUCAGAUGAGGCUUUGCUAACAGUCCCAGCUCACCAAAUGUAAACGUCCAUCGCACCACUGAAGAUGCCUUGCAGACCGUCCCAUCUCACCUUUGACCUUGUACCUGCUUGUCAGACAUGUUGGAAGGGGAGACUUCUAGGCCUCAUUCUCUGUUUGCCUCCAAGAUACACUCAUCGGGUACAACAAUGGCAGUAACAUAUUUUUGUAAUGUGAAACUCUUUUUGUUAUAACUAUUUUGAAUAACUGGUAUUGCUGAACCUUUUGUGUGACACUGAGUACAGUAUUAAAGGGAUUGUUAAGGUUUUGACACUUUUUCUGGGAAAAUGAUUUAAAGACAUUAUGUUAUGAUCAUAGACUGCAUAGCACUUGAUAAGGUGUUCAUGUCAUUUUCAAGAAUAGUGGAGUAUGAUGAAACAACUUAUUCAAACAAAAAUCCGGUACCAUUUGAAGUGAACACAAAAUGUUAUUUAAAGCACCAAUAUAGGCAAGAUAUGGGCACGUGGUAAGAAUGUUGCCAGUAUUAAACAAUUGGAAGACAGGAAAGUACAUAUGUUAAGUGGGAAAACGUUCUAUUAAAAUCACAGAUGAACAGUAACGGAAACCCACAAUAAUGGACCCUAUGGGUUAAGUCAAUCCCCUUUUCCCCACAUCAGCAACACCCCUUUUUCUGCAUAUCUACAACAUAUCUGUUGCACCAUCACAUUGCCAUUGUGCCUUUUGAGGAGGACACUUAAAAACCAUGCAAGGUCACAGUACGGUUAGUGUAUGUUGGAGAAUGAUAAUUUCUUUUUUUCUAUUAUGCUUAAAUCACCUCGAUUUGUUUUUGACUUGUAUGGAAUCAAUAACAAUUUGGGUUUGAUUGAUACUUUAACACAUUAAAAUGUUAUCUGAACUGUUAAUACAUUUUUGGUUUGACUUAUUUUAAAUCAAUCAUUAUGUCAAAAUUAGAGGAAUGUUAUAGUGAAUAUACAAUACAUACAAAUACAGGAAUGUCUCAAGCAUAUGAAUUGUUCUUGAAACUUUGAUUUGAGUUGCCUAUAAUGCCAAAAGACCACAACAAUCCUCAAUGAGGAUGAUCAGGCACAGCAGUAGGUAAAAAAAACUCUCCUUUCUCAGACCUUCACCAGUCAUACAUACAGACCUUCACCAGUCAUACAUACAGACCUUCACCAGUCAUACAUACAGUCAUGCAUACAGACCUUCACCAGUCAUACAUACAGUCAUGCAUACAGACCUUCACCAGUCAUACAUACAGACCUUCACCAGUCAUACAUACAGUCAUACAUACAGACCAUCACCAGUCAUAUAUCCCUUACAGACCUUCCUGACAGCAAACAGACAACCUACACAAGCAAAACCAGUCACACCCUGCAACAGCUCAAAUGUAACCCAACACCUUGGGUUAGAUUGAAGAAAGAAUUCAAGCAUUACAAACAAUCCAACAUUUUAUUGGUGAUUUGCGUUUUUAUCAUAUUCACCACACCAUUUUAUACAGGGUUUCUUGUGGCUUCUUUCCAAUUAUUUGUAAUGAUGCCUUCCUCUGAGAUUCAGGCAUUUAUGACAAAAACAGUCUAGGUUAUAUGAAAGGACAUACAGAAUGUAUAAAAACAAUAUAGUCAAUUUAUAUCGCAACAUUCUCUUGCAACACUCAUUGUCCCUGUUUCCAUGAAUAUUAACUUGAUUAAUACUAUAAGGACCCGCCUUGGUUUUGGGAUUUAUCCCAAAUUCUAUAAAAUGAAAUCAAAA